AUGGAUGCUCGUGUGGACUCAUUAGAGAAGAGCCAGGAGGAAAUGCAUACAGAGAUGGAGGAAAUGCGUUCUGAAAUAAAAGACCGUAUGGAUGGGAUAGAAGGUACGCUUGCCAAGAUGUCCGAGCUACUCUUUUCACUACAUUGGAAAAGGUCAGUAGAAUCUAGUGUUUCUCCUGUGCCUGGCCGGUUGGAGAUUCCAACAUUUGAUGGCACGGAUCCGGUGGGAUGGCUAGUACGGGCAGAUCAGUACUUUGUCAUUCAAUGCACCCGUGAGGAUUUAAAGGUGCCAACAGCUUUCAUCAGUAUGGAAGGACCAACACUUCAUUGGCUCCGUUGGCUUCAACAGCAACAUCCAUCUCUCACGUGGAGUCAGUUUACAACAGAGCUUUUGGAAGAAUUUGGUGGUGAACUUUCCGGGCCUCCGAUUGAACAAUUAGCCGCGCUUCGCCAAAUUGGUACUGUAGACGACUUUGCUAAUAUAUUUAGAGCCCGUGUUGCCCAAAUUCCAUGUUUAGCGCCUCAAAUUCAGCUAGGGUUGUUCCUCAAUGGACUGAAGCCGGCAAUCCAUGUGCGCCUCCGACCAAAUGAUGUGACAGAUUUACGUAUAGCAAUAAGGGUUGCACGUGCUGUGAAACGUGAAUUGGAGUUCCUCUCUUCUGGUCGUAUUCCGGGACGAGUGGUUGAUGAAGAUGACAAUUCUUAUAAUAAGAAGACUUCUGCUGGGAUUGGAUGGUCUUCUGGGCCUACUAAACAUUCUUCAGCCCAUUCUUAUGUAUCUAAUCAUCCUACGCCCAAGCCAUUAUCAAACAACCCUCACCAAUCAGAAAAAAAUCACACCACUUCAUAUAAUUCCCAAACACGCUCUUUUGUUCCUCCUAUUCGAAAUUCUAGUAUGAAUACACCACAGAAGCAGGAUCGCCAAUUCUCCCACCGCGAGUAUAUGGAUAUGAGAAACAAAGCAGAAGAUGAGGGGGAUGAUGCAGGUGAAGAACCAUCCGAAUUACAAUGCAUCGACUCAGAGCACUUGCAACCAGAUACAGUGCAAUAUUCAUUUUUGGACCUUCCAUUGACAGCCCUUGGAGGAAUCGACGGCCCAAAAACCAUGAAGUUUAGAGGCCAAGUUGCAAGUACAGAGGUCAUCAUUAUGGUGGACAGCGGUGCUAGCCACAACUUCAUCUCUCAUAGAUUAUCUACCAAGUUGCAGUAUCCAUUGGAACCCACACAACAAUUUGGAGUCAAGUUAGGGGAUGGUCGUCGAGUUGAAUCCAAAGGCAAAUAUUCACAGUUACCAGUUAAUUUGGGUCCUGUCACAAUGACAUUGGAUUGCUUUGUCUUCCCAUUAGGAGGUGUUGAUAUGAUCCUUGGAGUCGCAUGGCUAGAAACUCUGGGCAAUAUCAAAGCAAAUUGGGAAAGAAUGACUAUGACUUUCAAAGUUGGGGAUCGCCCUAUACAGCUUAGUGGGGACCCGUCUUUAUCUCGACUCCCUGUCUCUGUCAGUGCAUUGGAGAACCCAAGUGAUCAGCACUGCCAAGUUUUCGGUGAUCUGCAGGGUUUACCUCUUUCUCGGGCUAAUGAUCAUCAGAUUGUUUUAAAGACAGGAACAACUCCAGUAAGUGUUAAGCCUUACCGCUAUGGUCAUCAUCAGAAAGACGAAAUAGAACGAAUGGUUGGUGAAAUGCUUGCAGCAGGAAUUAUUCAACCUAGUUCCAGUCCAUUUUCUAGCCCAGUGUUAUUGGUGAAAAGAAAGACGGUAGUUGGCGAUUUUGCGUCGACUACCGAGAGCUCAAUAAGGUAA